AAGUAAAUCCCUGCAGGUUACAGAUCGUCGAUUGAGGUGAGCGUGUUUCUGUGCCUCGCUACUCGCUUUCAAAGCAUCUUCACUCGCAACAGGAAAAAGACAAUAAAAGUUUCUUCUGCUUAAACCGUAGAGGGAAUGGAAAAAGUCGAGGAUGUGAGUAAAAAGGAUAAACCUGCUUAAAAGGAACGAUGCAAUUCUGCGGAAACAAAACAGCAUGAUAACGUAGGCUACUUUCAGACAACGGACAAGAAAAGUUUGGAAGUUUGAGGCAAAGUAUGGCGCUAGAUGUUGGAGAAGCUGAAGCAACCAAAGGUUCAAAAGUUAAAAAGCAGAGAAAGAAGAAAAACAAGAAGGAAAACAAAGCCAGAACUGUUCACUCAAAUAUAUUGUAUGAUAACGCGAAAGGAGAGGACAAUCCAAACAGACACUAUGCAAACAAUAAGAUUAAAACGACCAAAUACACAUUUCUUUCGUUUUUACCGAAGAAUCUGUUCGAACAGUUCCACAGGUUUGCGAACGUGUAUUUUGUUUUCAUCGCAUUGUUAAACUUUGUUCCCGUUGUCAAUGCAUUUCAACCAGAACUGGCAUUGGCCCCUGUGGUCUUCAUUUUAUCUGUCACCGCUAUCAAAGAUCUAUGGGAAGAUUACAGAAGACACCGAUCUGAUAAAGAAAUAAAUCACAUGGAUUGUCUGGUAUACAGCAGACCAGAGAGGCGGUACGUGGAGAAGUUCUGGAAGGAGGUGCGCGUGGGAGACUUCAUCAGGCUGCGCUGUAAUGAGAUCCUUCCUGCCGACGUCCUGCUCCUCAGCUCCAGCGACCCGGACAGGCUGUGCCACAUCGAGACGGCCACCCUGGACGGCGAGACCAACCUCAAGCAGAGGCAGGUCGUCCGCAGCUUCAUCGACCUGGAUUGUGACUUUGACCCUUCGAAGUACAACAGCGUAAUUGAAUGUGAGAAACCAAACAACGACCUGAACCGUUUCCGUGGCUACAUUGGACAUCGCAAUGGGAGAAGGGAUGGGCUGUACAAGGACAACCUGUUGCUGCGAGGCUGCACCGUCCGCAACACCGAGGAGGCCGUGGGGAUCGUGAUAUACGCAGGUCACGAGACCAAAGCCAUGCUGAACAACAACGGACCGCGCUACAAGCGCAGCAAGCUGGAGAGGCAGAUGAACGUGGACGUGUUCUGGUGUGUCAUCAUCCUGCUGAUCAUGUGCCUCCUUGCGGCCAUAGGUCACGGGUUGUGGAUGUUUCAGUACGGAGAUAAGAGGCCCGUGUUUGACGUUCUCAGUCCUGAGGGAACCGACUUAUCGCCCGCCCUGUCGGCCAUCUAUCUCUUCCUCACCAUGAUCAUCGUAUUUCAGGUGCUGAUCCCCAUCUCGCUGUUCGUGUCCAUCGAGAUCGUGAAGAUCUGCCAGGUGUUCUUCAUCCACCAGGACGUGGACCUGUACGACGAGGAGACCGACUCGCAGCUGCAGUGCCGGGCCCUGAACAUCACUGAGGACCUGGGCCAGAUGCAGUACAUCUUCUCAGACAAGACCGGCACGCUGACGGAGAACAAGAUGGUGUUCCGCCGCUGCACGGUGGCCGGGGUGGAGUACUCCCACGACGCCAACGCUCGGAGACUAGCCAUGUACCAGGAGCUGGACUCUGAGGAGGAGGAGUGUGUGUCCCACGGUGGCACCCUGCCCAGACGCGACAGCGUCACCAGCCACCAGAGCGCCAAGGUGGUGCUGCGCUCCCAGAGCACAAAGUCCCAUCGCCGGACGGGCAGCCGGGCUGAAGCCAAGCGGGCCAGCAUCCUGUCCAAGCACACGGCCUUCAGCAGCCCCAUGGAGAAGGACAUCACCCCUGACCCUCAGCUGCUGGACAAGGUCAACGAAGGCAGCAGCCAGAUGGACUUCAUGCGUUUCCACAGCCAGCCUCUCUCCCAGCUGCCCUCUGACCUCUGCGACAUCAACGACUUCUUCAUCGCUCUCACCAUCUGCAACACAGUGGUGGUGUCGUCCCCCAACCAGCCCAGGCAGAAGGUGAGGAUGCGGUUCGAGCUGAAGAGUCCGGUGAAGACCAUCGAGGACUUCAUCAAGCGCUUCACCCCCAGCCGGCUCACCUCCUCCAACAGCAGCAGCUCCUCCAGCCUGCUGGCCGAGCGCUCCGCCCGCCGGGGCGCGUCCGGCGCCAUGCCCUCGCCGUCCUCCGAGAGCACGCUCACCAAGCUGGACGAGGGGGAGGGGGGGGAGGGCGGCGGCGUCGGCGGCGAAGGAACGGACGCCAACGCCUUCAGCCCCGCCCCCCCCACCUACGACGCCAAGCCGGCGCCCGUCGAGGAGGGCGAGCUUCGCUACGAGGCGGAGUCCCCAGAUGAGGCGGCGCUGGUGUACGCGGCGAGGGCCUACAAGUGCUCCCUGGUGGGCCGUCUGCCGGAUCAGGUGACCGUGGAGCUGCCUCACCUGGGGAAGCUGAGCUUUGAGCUGCUGCACACGCUGGGCUUCGACGCCACCAGGAAGCGCAUGUCGGUGGUGGUGCGCCACCCGCUGACCAAUCAGAUCACCGUCUACACCAAGGGAGCCGACUCAGUCAUCAUGGACCUGAUCAGGCCUCCGUCUACAGAUGAUUCCAAAGGAAAGCGCCAAAGAAAGAUUCUCUACAAGACCCAGAACUACCUGAACCUCUACGCGGCCGACGGGCUACGCACGCUGUGCAUCGCAAAAAAGACUCUAACCAAGGAGGAGUAUGCCGCCUGGUUGCGGCGCCACCUAGAGGCCGAGACGGCCCUCCAGGGCCGAGAAGAGCUGCUGUUUGACUCGGCUCUGCGCCUGGAGACUAACCUCCAUCUCCUGGGUGCGACGGGUAUCGAGGACCGUCUUCAGGACGGCGUUCCGGAGACCAUCGCCUCCCUGCGCAAGGCCGGACUCCAAAUCUGGGUGCUGACGGGGGACAAACAGGAGACGGCCAUCAACAUUGCCUACGCCUGCAAGCUGCUGGAACCCGAGGAGGAGAUCAUCACUCUGAACGCCGACUCCCAGGAGGCCUGUGCUGCGCUGCUCGAGGAGAGCCUCCACUACAUCCAGGCCAAGUUCCUGUGCCCCUCCCCGGGGGAGGCGGCCGGGGCCUUCCAGCACGACUUCCCCCUCUUCGACCUCUCCCCUCCCCCCUCCUCCUCUGCCUCCUCCCAGGCCGCGCCCGUCCUGGUGCACCGCCUGGGGCUGGUGAUCGACGGGCGCACGCUGGCCUACGCCCUGGACCGCAGCCUGGAGGACAAGUUCCUGGCCGUGGCCCGAAGCUGUCGCUCGGUGCUGUGUUGUCGCUCCACGCCCCUGCAGAAGAGCAUGGUGGUCCAGCUGGUUCGGAACAAGCUGAAGGUCAUGACCCUGGCCAUAGGUGAUGGGGCUAAUGAUGUCAGCAUGAUCCAGGUGGCGGAUGUGGGCGUGGGCAUCUCGGGACAGGAGGGCAUGCAGGCUGUCAUGGCCAGCGACUUCUCCCUCCCGCGUUUCCAGUACCUGCAGAAGCUGCUGCUGGUCCACGGACAUUGGUGCUACUCCCGGCUGGCCAACAUGAUCCUCUACUUCUUCUACAAGAAUGCAAUGUUCGUGGCCCUGGUCUUCUGGUAUCAGUUCUACUGUGGCUUCUCCGGCUCGGCCAUGAUCGACCAGUGGUAUCUCAUCUUCUUCAACCUGAUGUUCUCGGCGUUCCCCCAGCUGGUCACGGGCACGCUGGACAAAGACGUCUCCUCCCAGACGCUCCAGGAACUACCUCAGCUCUACAUGAACGGACAGAACUCAGAGGAAUACAAGCCAUACAUGUUCUGGAUGAACAUGAUCGAUGCCUUCUACCAAAGCCUCAUCUGUUUCUUCAUCCCUUACUUUGCCUACGCUGACUCCGAGGUGGACCUGCUGACGUGGGGGACCCCCAUCACCACGCUGGCCCUGCUCACCAUCCUGCUGCACCUGGGCGUGGAGACCAAGACCUGGACGUGGAUGAACUGGCUGUCCAUCGGCUUCAGCGUGGCCCUGUUCUUUGCCGUGUCGCUGUGCUACAACGCCUCCUGCCCCUCCUGCUACUCCCCGUCCAACCCCUACUGGACCAUGCAGAGGCUGCUGGGAGAACCCCUCUUCUACCUGCUGUGUAUCGUUACUCCUGUGGCCGCUCUGCUGCCCAGAUACUUCUACAGGGCGUGUCAGGGCUCGCUGUUCCCCAGCCAGGUCCAGGUUGGCCGGCAGCUGGACCGCCUCCCAGCCGAGACCCGCCGGAACAUUCUCAGCCUGAGCGGCUUAGCCGUGGGCGCCCGCUACGCCCUCCGACCCUCCCUCUUCCCCUUCCCCGGCGACUCCUUCCCGAAAGACUGCGGCCUCGGAGGCCGGGGCGGCCUCGGCUGUUCCAAGAGCCCCCUGGAGGAGAGGCCGGCGAGGCCGCAAGGGAAGGCCACCAGCGGCCUGGCGGGGCUCAGAGACAACGACCUCAGCCUCACCGAUCCCUUCACCCUGGCCUCCACAGAGACCGACACGCUCCCGUACACCAAGGAGGCCCCCAGGCCCGCCGAGCGCCACCAUUCCCCGGCUAAGCACGCGGCCAGCGACGUGGACGCCAGUCUGGACCUCUCCCGCCUCAGUCUGUCCGGCUGGAUCACCUCCACGCCUCUGCUCAGCCCGGCAGAGAGCGUCCAGCUCACAGUGCCCCCUGCUGGGGGGAAGCAGAGCGCCACCUACAGGAGGGACUGUGAGGAGAGGCCGGGGGCCGACCACGCGGUGCUGGAGCCAGGGCCACAGGCCUCACGCGGCCCCAGGGACUUGCUCCAAACCAGCUUACUAUGAUGGCUCACCAUCUGUACUACGUUACACUAACCAUCUGAUUUGCACGAUAGCUUUAUUGAAUUUUUAUAUUUUUUGGAGAUAUUUUAUAAAGUUAUAAAAGAUUUGUAGGUACUCGACGUUUGUAUUUUAGAUGUAUAAAGUGAAGCAGAGUUAGUCGCUCUGACUGGGGAGAUUAUCAAACUGGACGGUCGCUUUUUGGGAGUUGGAACUCUGCAGGGGUAUUGGAAAGAUGUCUUGCAAAUUGCAGAGGAUUUCUGCUUUCAACUAAAGCAUACCAAAGGCAUUCCAUUUCCAGCUUGUAUAGAUAUAUUUUGAAGUCUCUCUCUCUCUUUUUGUAUAUCUCUCUUUCUCUCUCUUAUAGAGAGAGUACAGUUAUUUCCAUGUGUCUUUGAUGGGAGAAGGAAUCUGUGUUUCAGCUGCACAAUGUUUAUUCCUUGAGCCAGGUCUGGGAGUGAAUCCAUUCAUCUAUGUCCAGAUUCACAGUGGCCUUGCUCUCCGAACUAUCCUUUUCAAUGUGCCUUUUAUGCUCCAACCCAGAUUAGCCUCGACGCUGUGGUGCGUCCGUUCGGAAGAUUCCACGUGCCUUUUAUUUCCCACCAACUGUUACUGGAAGCUUCCCUGUGGUUCUGGUGAGAGAAAGGGGGUCCGUUUUGUUCCGUGUUCAACCCACCUUGGUUGUAGUUUUUGGAGGACGGCGUCGGAGCAGGACUUAUCGAGGCUUUUGCCAUUACUUGAAACUGUAUCACACGCGUGCUGUGUUGAGGGGCUUCGCUUCAAAGCACAUCUAGGUCUCGACACAGGCCCUUUUGUUUUAUAUAACCGUGUGAAUGUCACUCAGUUCCUUGAAUUUGUCAGUUUUCACCUCUUUAUGGCUCCGCUGACCUUAAGUGCAUUCCAUGAAGUAUUUAUAUAAGCUACAGUCUUAACGGUAGAAGCAGUAAUUUUGCAGCAGUACAAAACAUAGUUCUUCUCAUCUGGUUCUCCUCAAUCUCCUCCUGUGCUGUUUCUAUGGAGACAUGUAGUCCUUUACAAAGCCAAGUGAUGUUGCCCUUGUGAGAGACCCUAAGAUGCCUCUGAGUUACUGUCCUGAGCACAGCGAGGUCACUUCUGUGUUCCAAGUCUUCACUCCUUUACACAGUGUGCGUGGGGGUGCACGUGUGUUUGAGUGCGUGUAUGUGUGUGUUGAGGGUCAGCUGGAGGUUCACACACUGCAGUAGAACUGUAAGUUGUAAUAAUAAGUUUAUAGUUUAUUUUUUUACACACAUCUCAACCAAUACACACAGUUAACUGUUGUCCCAAAUCCAGCAUUCCAAAGGACCUAGAGGGUGUGACCUUUGACUUAUGAUUGUUAAUUUUGUUGUUUUUCUGCUACCCACUGCUCCUUCCCAGAUAGAAUCCAAAGUUGCACUACGGAAUUUUCUGGCGAUUUGGCAGCCAAUGAAAACCCGGCCUGACCAUGAGUACCAUGAGCAACAUUUUAUGGAAGAGCAUUCCAAGUACCUUGAGCAGAUGGCUUCAAAAGGAUCAUGUCUAAAAUAUCAAUGCAAGUUCUCUGUUUCCAGUGUGUACUUACUCUGAAUUUAAGCAGCCAAGUUUGUUACGUAUUCUUCUCUUUCCUACCAAAGAUUCUUGAUAUAUAUCCUAUCUCAAAAUGUAUACUGUUUUUUUUUUAUUUAUUUUUUUUUUUUUUUUUUAUCAUGUUCAGUUACAAAAGUAAUUGUUUCUAACUAUGCACUCACAUUGGUGUUGUUUAGUUAAGGUAAAUGAAACCAUGUUCAGCCAUACCAUGAUGCUUACAGUUACCCAGGGAAAAAUAAUUAAAAAAGUGCUUUUUCCAAAAAAUUCAGGGUUGUACCAAGCAGUGCCUGUAAAGCCUUUUAGCUGCUUGUUAUGAUGCUAUGUUAUGAUGCUAUAUAAUGAUAUGUCCAAAUCGGUUCUGACAGUAUCAUCUCUUGAAGUGUUCGAUGGACCAACUGUUAUCCAGUCCAUCAGGGUGUAUUUCCCUAAACAGUAAUGUUCCUCAACACUGGAAAAGGUAUUCCUCAUUAAAGACUUUGAUACUUACCAUGACCAAGAUAACGCUAAGAUAAUUUAGCUGCACAUCCAUAAAGAUUUUUAAUCCAUCUCUUUUUUUGUGUUUUAUUUUUAAAUGGUCACCUGUUUCACAGUGUAAGUCUCCAGUAUAACAUCCAUGUUUUGAUGGAUGUGUUGCUGUUAUCGGCUGCUGUCUCCUCUCUUCUCUUUGCUGUUGAACAUACAGAACACUCUAGAACUCUGGAACCAAACCAGGCCUCAAUUCCUGCUGCCUUCCACGGAGCUUUCAGAGUUGUGAGCCCUCCUCUCUGACACCCCGUCACCCUCUCUCAGUACCUGACCCUGGGACACUUCCUGGUUUGUUGCUUCGUUCCUUUCACAUGGUGGUUGUCAUAGUUAUGUUAGUUUGAACUGUCACACCAUUUGUUUGAGGGUUUCCCGUUGUUUUUGUUUUUACCACCAACAACGUUGUUGCGGUGUUUUGUUAUUAUGGGAUGUACUGUUUACGGUGCCGUUGCUGAUUCAAGGACUUCUCCAGCUGUUCUCUCUGUCGUAUGUGGUGUUCGGGCAAUGCCUACUUAAUGCCGUUUUUAGUUCUGAUGCAUCUGAAAUAUUUAAUAAAUUUAAACUGAUUGGGAAAAA